GAUAUUUGACGCUGGAGCAUGGGUGAAGUCUGCGCAGCUUUCGACGGAAACGAGAGAGUGUACUAAAAGUCCGUGCCGUAGAAGCGCCGUUCGGCCGCGAAAGUAAUUUCCUGUUUGAGCCCGGCCGCGGUUGCAAUCCACUUCCCACGUGUUGGUUAGACAGCCGACUCCUCUCCGGAGAUCAAGUGGACCACAGCCACCUGGGCAGGGGCUGCAAAUCCGGCUUUCGGUGGAGCCCUGAAGCGGCGCGGGAUCCGCUUCUAGACCAUGCUGUUGGGAAAAGAAAAGCUUUAGAUAAGUGAAUGCCAGCACGAUCUCCACGUCGCACUGAUUGUCACGUCCCCAAUCCUGCUUUCUUUCUGUGCAUCUUCAGCCUCGAAAAAAGAUGGGCUUCAAGGUGAUCAUCGUCGGCGGUGGCUUGUCGGGUCUCGGCCUGGCGCACUGUCUGACCAAGGCAGGCAUUGACUUCGUCGUCCUGGAGCGGAGUGAUCUCCUCGUCCCGAAAGGUGGAGCCUCAAUGGCUCUCUGGCCGAACAACGUGAGGCUUCUGGACCAGCUCGGCUUGUUGAAGGGAGCCGAGGAGAUCGACUGCGGGAUCAAGUACAAGCAGAACGUGCGGAGAGAUGGUUCUGUGCUGCAGAAGAGCAACAUGAUGGAGAGAGUCGGCGUCGCGCUCGGACACCCCUGGAUGUGCUUUCACAGGCCGAAACUCCACGAAUACCUUUUGAACACUCUUCCAGAGCAUGGCUCCCGCAUCGUCAGCAACGUCGAGGUGACAGGGAUUGAGACCACAGCAGGCGGCGUCAAGGUAACCUGCAAGGACGGUACCGUCCACGAAGGGUCCAUCGUUGUGGGCUCGGAUGGCGUCAACAGCUCAGUCCGGAAACACAUCGCGAAGGGAGACCAAAAACACGCCGAACCAUUCUCGACAAGUUACCGAGCACUCUAUGGCUGCUCAAAUCGGACAAAGGGCCUUGAUCCUCAGACAUUGUACGAGAUGCACGGCGACAAGACUUCCAUUCAGGUCAUCCCAGGACAUGAUCUGGCCAUGUUUGUCGUUUAUGAGCGCUUGCCAGCGACGACAAGAGGCAGCAAACGGUACACGGAGGACGACAAGUUGGAGUUCGCCAAGACGGUUGAAGAUCUCAGCGUCUCGGAGGAUAUCAAGUUCAAAGACAUCUGGUCUGAGACAACGUGGUCUUACUUCUCUGGACUCGAAGAAGGCGUCGCACCAACUUGGUUCGGUGACCGGGCCGUUCUGAUCGGAGACACGGUUCACAAAAUGACACCCAACGUCGGCCUUGGGCUCAACAGCGGGUGGCAGUCUGCUGCAGUCCUGACAAAUGGCCUGCACGAGCUCCUCUCGGAGACCCCUGAGCCUAGCACAGAGGCGCUCAACCGGGUGUUCAAGGAUUACCAGGGCAUAAGAAAGAAGAAUGCCUCGGACAUGAAUGGUAUCUCGGGGCUUUACACCCGGGUAGUGGCAUGGGACAAUCCUCUGUGGAAACUGGCGGACCAGUACAUAACCCCUUAUAUCGGCGGUGACUGCGCUUUGCUCGACCUCUUGCUUGUCCCCCUCGUCGCCAAGCAGGGCAACGUGCUGUCCUUUGCGGACGAGCACCACUACAAGAGUGGGAAAACGCCGUGGAAGAACGGCCAGACGGUGGUUGUAAAAGACGUCAGGGUGGCGGCAUAGAUUCCUGGUCGAAGUUGGUCGUCUGCCGGCAGAUCACAAUCAUUUGAGAAAGCGCAGGUCAACUCGUAGAUCAGAUGCGUAUUUAGAAGUUAGCGAGUGUUGUAAUAACGCGGCGGUCCCUGACAUUUGGCGCAUAUGUUGCUUGCGCCAUUUAGAUAUAUAUACCCUCCUACCAUGACUCGGAUGUUCUACCCAACACAUGUUCUACCUUCUAAGUUUACGUGGAAUGCUUUAUUGCUUCACACAGAAAACACAUGAAUCCGACAGGCUCAAAAUCUAGCAGCUGACCGGUGCCACUCAUCUGAAAACGAGUUAAGAACGAGGUCGCCGUCCUGACCAGUGGCAAUGCUGGUCUUUUUGCUGGUCGAGUA